AUAUUGUGAAAGUAAAAUAAAAAAACAUGCAAGUUACGUCAAAUCAAUUUCCAAUCCAUUUAUAAAAUAGUUAAAUAAUCAUAAAGAAAAUUUAGCAAAAAGUAGUUUGUAUUGACAGUGCUCAGUUAGAGCUGUUGUAAAUAAAACUUAAUUAAUCCUGUGUGUUAUUUCUAAGGUGCUUCAAAGGUUGAUGGAUUGAAUGCAUGAGCCAUGACGGUAAACUUAGCUGAAUAAUAACUUAAUCGCUACGUGCUAAGCCGGUGUAUUUUUAUAAGGAAAAAUACUUGUUGAAUGCGGCAAUAGCUUCGUUCAAAUUAGAGCCAGUCUUAAAAUAGUUGUGUUCAAAUGAAGCACUAGAAACCCAACACGACGUGCGCGGUUUCAUCGCACUACCACAUAUGCAGUUCCGAGUACGAAAUGAUUUUCUAAUACACAUAUAUUCACCACAGCGCAGCCGUAACCAUCGUCAAAACAUAACUCAGCGAGCCAAGUGAACGAGUUUCCACUGUCGUUGCAGUCGUUUCUUAAGCUCUCUUCAAGUCUGCUUAAAUACCUGGCUGCUGCCACAUUGUAAUAACCUGCGUAAGCCACUAUCGUUGACAGCGACAACAGACACUUUGUUGGAGCUGCUGGAGUCAGACGUAAGUUAUCGUCGUUCCGUGGUUGUCUUUGCCGUUUUUCAGUUACUAAAUCAAAUUAAAUUAAUAUAACGUCGUUUUGAUUUAACUUAACCAACGUUGUGCGUGUCCAGUCAAUUAAAUAUCUGUGAAAAGUAAUCCAGUAGUGAGUUUCCAAGUUAAAUUGAAAAAAAAAUUAUAAAAAAAUAUUAAGCUUGGCUUAAAAUCAAUGAAAACAAAAGCGAGUGACAUGUUUCCUCCUAAAGAUAUUUAAAGAUAUACUCCUCUAUAUAAUACUGAAAUCGAUAACAUAUACAGGACCUAUCGGGCGUUUCAUAAUCAUACCCAAAAUUUAUAUAUUAUUUUAAAACAAAAAAGUGUAAAUCAAUGAAGCAAAAAAGUUUUAUUUAAUAAACCUCUUGAACAUAGACAAAGUUUAUGAUCAACAAUAAUACAAAAUUAUUUAAAAACGCAUACGAAAGUGUUUUCAAAAGUGCUAAUUUAGAAUUCAAAAAUCGUUGUUAAUUUAACAGUUAACUUACAAAAAAAUCACAUAAAAAUGGCCUGUUUAAGCACUUCCGGUCGUAAAGGACUUAACGUGGUCGUCGGUACACGGAACCAUCAAACGCAAAAACAUCUUUGCAAAUUGUUUUGGCAACAAAAAAUUAGCAGAUCCUUUUGCUCUAACGCAGCCAUUGCUGCUGCGUUACUGUGUAAAAAUAAUGCGAACAGCAUGUCCUCGCUUUUGCCACAACGCAACUUCCACGGAGUGGGCAUAUUAUUGCAACGUAACGCGGCCAUAACAACAGGACAGGAUUAUUUUGCCAAUAUGCACACAAAUACAGCUUGCAACAGCAGUAGCAGUGGCCCCACCAGCACAACAACCACAAGCAGCCCAAAUGUAAAUAAUAAAAGCUCAAAUUCUACAAUAAUAACGAGAAAUUGCCGCCAAUACAGCUCGGUGCACACACAACAGCCGGCUGGUCCCGUGCGAGAGAUCCAAAUCGAUCCGUACAUCAUACUCGAAGACGAUCUGAAGUAUUUCUACGAUGACGUCAGAGACCUCCUGCGGCAGGGCACGAGUCAGACGGAACUCGAUAAGAUCGCCUCGUACUACUUCGACGGCCAGGGCAAAGCGCUGCGGCCAAUGGUUACCAUGCUGAUGGCCAGAGCGAUCAACUACCAUUUGAAUAAGGAAUCAAGCAAUUUAGUGAACAAACAACGCUUCAUCUCGCUCUUCUCGGAAAUGGUCCACUCGGCAAGUCUGGUGCAUGACGAUGUCAUCGAUCAAUCGGAUAUUCGUCGCGGCAAGCCAAGCGUGAACGCGCUGUGGAAUCACAAAAAGGUUACAAUGGCUGGUGAUUAUGUACUUUCCAUAGCUUCGAUUAUGAUUGCUCGUCUCAAGAGCGAUGAUGUGACAAUUAUUCUAAGUCAGAUUUUAACCGAUCUGGUUCAAGGCGAAUUCAUGCAACUUGGCUCAAAGGAAACUGAAAAUGAACGAUUCGCGCACUAUUUAACGAAGACAUACAGGAAGACGGCCUCGCUCAUAGCGAAUGCGCUGAAAGCGACGGCUGUAAUCGCUGAUGCAGAUGAAAACAUCGCCGAAUUGGCAUUCCAAUAUGGACGUAAUGUGGGCUUAGCGUUUCAACUGGUCGACGAUAUGCUGGACUUUGUCUCAACCGCCGAAACAAUGGGUAAACCAACGGCUGCCGAUUUGAAGUUGGGCCUCGCCACAGCGCCGGUGCUCUUCGCAUGCGAAAAGUAUCCCGAACUCAAUCCGAUGAUAAUGCGCCGUUUCAGCGAACCCGGCGAUGUUGAACGUGCCUUCGAACUAGUCCACAAAUCGCACGGACUCGAACAGACGCGCUUCUUGGCCAAGAAGCACUGCAUCGAAGCGAUACGAUUGGCGCAGGAGCUGACCGAGUCGCCAUACCAGAAGGGUCUGCAGGUGGUCGCGGAUUUAGUCAUUAAUCGUAUGAAAUAAUAGCUUAAGUUACGGGUGCAGGGGGCAGCUGGUGCAAGACAUAAUAGUGCAACAUAACACUAACAUACAAAAAUUUAAAAAACACAAACAACAUACACAAAUAAAAAAAACAUUUUUCAAAAAAAGAAAAAAUGUUAAAUAAUUGGAAUAUACUUAUAUACAUUUUUAUAAAUAUACACACACACAUAUAAUAUAUAAUUUGUAAUUAUAUAAAAAUAAUUAUAAAACGAUAAAAACAAGUCCAAAAUAAAUUAUGUAUAGAUUUUAUAUGCACAUAUGCAGAAAUUGAAAAAUAUAUUAUAAAAAACCACAAAAAAAUACUGUAAAAUACACAAAUUAAGUAAAUAAUUGUUGUUGUAGACACACUAAAGCGCAAAAAAUGAGGAAAAAAUUGUAUGCGUGUUAUAUAAAGAUAACUGUGUAUAUUGCAAUGAUAACUGCAGACAAAACUACAGUUAACAACAAAGCGUAGCGAAAACUAUGCCUCCAUUGUUAUUGUUGUUAUUAUUUUUUUCUGUUGCUCAACUUGUGUAAAGCAUAAAUAUAGUCUAAACAAACAGAAAUAUUAUUUAAUAAUUUUAUGCAUUAGUAUGUAAGUCUUGUUGACAUUGUAAAUAAUUUAUGGUAAUGUAAAGAGGAGUUCGAAAAGCAGAAAAAAUACAAAUAAAUAUAUACAUAUAUGAAUAUAUAUUGAAAGAAAAUGUAUGCGCAGGAAAUAAGUUAAACCAAACGGAAAAUAUUUAAUGUGUAUAUAACUAAAUACAUAGUAAUGUUUAUAUAUUAUAUGCGAAAAAACAAAACAACAUAAACAGCAACUGACAUACUUAAAAGGCCAGCAAAUAAACAAGCAAACAAACAAAACGGGAGAAAGGUUGGUGCAAACUUAAUGUAGUUUGUAUGAAAAACUACAAAAAACAAAAGAAAAUAAAUAAUUAUAUAUGUAGAGAGACAAGAAAUAACUGUACACACGCAUGUACAUAACUAUUGUACAAAUGAGCGAGUUGAAGCGGUCAACUUAGAAAGUAUAAUUAUGCAAGCAAAUAUAACGAAUGUGUUCUUGAAAUACUAAAAAAAAACUUACAAAAGAUAUUUGAGGAGGAAUUUUGAUAGAUUUUUAUAUGUAUAUGUAAUGCUAGAGAACUAUAUAUAUAGCGUGCAACAAAUUUCAUAAUUUCUUAAAGCGAAAAAUAUUUUUUUAUUACUUGUUUAGAGCAAGAGGGCACAAUAGGCCUAAGGUCGCGGUGCAAUUCUCGUCUAUUACAGCAACUAUCCCAAGUGUACGGUAAAAUCAGUGAAACUUUGAUUUCAAUUUCAAAUAAAUAAAAUAAAAAUCAGUUGUAAAAGAAAUGUGCGCAUAAAAAAAAAAAUCUUUGAAACUAUUAAACAAUCAUAAAAAAUUAUUUACAACCAGAAAAAAAUUGGCUGAGAAUAAAAAAUUACAGAAGGGCGAGAUUUAGAGCACGCAUGGAAAGCGAAAUCGCAUAUACGAAAUUAAAAAAUAAAAUUCUAAAUAAGUUUGAAAUAAAUUUGAAUUUUAUUUUUUAAUUUUGUAU